UCUAAAGAUUAUUGCUUUGUCCAGUUGGGUUCUGACCCACCAUUUUAAAUUUUCAGCCACGUACAAGGAUUGAAUCCCAAAUGAAAAUCACUGUCAUUUCUCUGCGAUUCCAUGCAUUUCUUUUCUCUGGGUCAUUAUUAAUUUCCCCUCGUAUUUCCUUAACGUAUUGUAUUCUUCUUCAACUUCUCUCUGUUUCUUUGAGGAGUUAAUGCACAAGCCUGGGGUUUUCCUACCCCAAGAACCUCGUGUUACUGCAUGUGGGGCUUUGCAAUUUAGUGUUUCUACACAGUCAAUCUUGUGGUUUUAGCUUUUGGGUUCUUACUUCACUGGGACUUGUUUUGCUAUUUCGAUUUGGGUUUACAUAACUUUUGUUUCUACGACUUGAGGAGUUGGAAGCAUUUCAAAAGGUGUCAUCUUAGCUAAGCUUCUCUUUGUUCUUUUUUUUUUUUGGAAAUGUGAGCUGAGAUUCUGUUCUCAUAGGGGUUGUUGUAAGAAUAUUUUAUUUGUCCCUUUUUUCCAUUCCGUCGUGAGAUGCAAAAGAGGGUUGCUAGCUUUUUGUUUUCUGCAUAUAUUGAAUGUAUUCUAUUGGGAAUCUGUUGUUUCGAUUGAUUUCUUUGUUCAAUACUCGCAAUAGGUCAUAUUAAGUUUGUCUGAGCUGGUUUGAGCUUAAGUUUUUCCUCAGGGCCAAGGGGCCAAACCCAAAAAAAGGGGAAAAGGAAAGAAAACUUUUGACUCCAUCAAUUGGGCAAAAUCAGAGAAGAUAAAUUCACCCUUCUUUGUUUGUCACUUUCAUGGAGUAUUGGGACCUGGAAACACUUUGAUAAAGCAAAUACAGUGACCAUUGAUGACCUUCAUCGAGGUCUGGUAAGACUGCCAGGUUGGUUGUAAGUGGAGCUUUGAAGAACAUACUCGAAGGGGUUUCUCACAGAGUUGUUAAAGAUGGCUGAAAAUGAACAGGAGACUCGAUCUUUGGCUUUGACUCCCACUUGGUCUGUUGCUUCUGUGCUGACUAUUUUCGUUGCAGUCUCUUUGCUUGUGGAGCGGUCCAUUCACCGGUUAAGCACUUGGUUGGGGAAAACUAAUCGAAAGCCACUGUUUGAGGCAGUGGAGAAAAUGAAAGAAGAGUUGAUGCUGCUUGGAUUUAUUUCUCUCCUUUUAACAGCUACUUCAAGCUCAAUAUCAAAUAUCUGCGUUCCAUCAAAGUUCUACAAUACCCCUUUUACUCCAUGCACCAGAGCUGAGGCUGACGAACAUGAAGAUGACAAUUCAUCCGAGGAACGGAAACUAUAUACAGCUUCUGUAUUACCCCAUUUGUUUAGGCGGAUGCUUAAUGUGAAUAAGAAAACCUGCAAAGAGGGUUAUGAGCCGUUUGUUUCAUAUGAGGGUCUUGAGCAAUUGCAUCGCUUUAUCUUUAUAAUGGCAGUAACUCAUAUAUCUUAUAGCUGCUUAACAAUGUUACUCGCAAUUGUGAAGAUUCACAGAUGGAGGGUUUGGGAGAAUGAAGCCCAUAUGGACAGACAUGAUUCACUAAAUGAUAUCACAAGAGAAAUGACGUUGCGGAGGCAAUCAACCUUUGUUCGAUAUCACACUUCAAAUCCUAUGACAAGGAACAGUUUUCUAAUCUGGGUGACAUGUUUUUUCCGGCAAUUUGGGAAUUCUGUAGUUCGUGCUGACUACCUCACACUUCGCAAGGGCUUCAUCAUGAAUCAUCAUCUCCCCUUGACUUAUGAUUUCCACAGUUACAUGAUUCGCUCCAUGGAAGAAGAAUUCCAAAGGAUAGUUGGCGUGAGUGGUCCGUUGUGGGGAUUUGUUGUUGCUUUCAUGCUGUUUAAUGUAAAAGGCUCUAAUCUGUAUUUCUGGAUAGCAAGCGUUCCUAUUGCUCUUGUUCUUUUAGUGGGCACGAAGCUGCAACAUGUAAUUGCAACAUUGGCAUUGGAAAGUGCUGGUAUAACUGGUUCAUUUUCGGGUUCAAAGCUAAAGCCAAGAGAUGAUCUUUUCUGGUUUAAGAAGCCUGAACUCCUUUUGUCCUUAAUCCACUUUAUCCUUUUCCAGAAUGCAUUUGAGUUGGCAUCAUUCUUCUGGUUCUGGUGGCAAUUCGGAUAUAAUUCUUGCUUUAUCAGGAAUCAUAUGCUUGUCUAUGCAAGACUUGUUUUGGGAUUCGCUGGGCAGUUCCUUUGCAGCUACAGCACCUUGCCCUUGUAUGCUUUGGUUACUCAGAUGGGAACAAACUAUAAAGCUGCAUUAAUUCCACAAAGAAUAAGGGAAACAAUCCAUGGAUGGGGGAAGGCAGCUAGAAGGAAAAGAAGGCUCCGCAUGUUUGCAGAUGACACCACGAUUCACACUGAAACAAGCACGGUGAUGUCACUUGAGGAUGAUGACCGUAGGCUUAUUGAUGAUAUUUCUGAAACUACUGCCGACUACACGUCAAUCGAACUACAGCCGACUUCUGUACACGAUGAACCUGACUCUGUUCCUAAUGAACGACCAAGCAGAGCUAGAACGCCUCUUCUACAACCCUCUACAUCUCUUUCUACAUCAGUUGAUCAUAAGUUUGAGGUUGAUUAAAGUUUGAUUCAUCUUGUUCCUCAACCCGGACAUUUCCUCUCCCACAACCACAAGACUGGCACGAUCCUUGGCAUUGGCCCUGACACGAUCCUUGGCCUUGGCACGAUCCUUGGCAUUGGCCCUGGCAUGAUCCCUGACACGAUCCUUGGCACUGGCCCUGACACGAUCCUUGGCACUGGCCCUGGCACGAUCCUUGACACUGGCUCGAUCCCUGGCACGGUACCUGGCACGAUCCUUGACACUGGCUCGGUCCCUGGCACGGUACCUGGCUUGGUCCCUGGCACGGUACCUGGCACGGUACCUGGCACGGUGCCUGGCACGGUCCCUGGCACGGUACCUGGCACGGUCCCUGGCACGGGCCUGAUGAAGGAGAGGGAUGGCAAAUUGAGCUAGAACUACACCUAGGUGGAUUGUCCACACACCCAUAAGGAGGGAUGUCGCUGCUGCCGCCACUACAGCAGGUCCCUGAGUGGCAGCUACUGCAGCAGUCCGGUGCAUAAGGGAGAUGUUGUCCAAUCUCGCUCUGAGCAAUGGGGUUGUCCAUAGCUUCUUCAAUGGCAAAGCCAAGGUGAAGAAGGGUGCAGAAGAGGAGAAAGAUAGUGAGAAACUUGGAUUUGGAAAUGGUCAUUUCUACUGAAGCUCUCUUUGUUUUCUUGGUUAGCCUAUGAAUGGAACGGAUUGUAAAAGUGAAGGUCUGCUAUGGCUUUUUAUUUAGGGGGAAGUUGGUGGGGUUGUGGAAAACAACAGCCUUUUGAUGAAGAUGAAAAUGCAAAAGCAUCAAGAGUGUUGUGUGGGUUUUUCUUUCAUGGAAUUAGGAAACCAUCAAUGUGUGAAUCUUAUGUGCCAUCUUUGGGAGAUGGGAAGCUGAUUCCAUUACAUUUAUUUGUCACUACUGAUUAAGUGUAGGUACUGGGAGACUGUAAAACCUUCAAACUUAAAAGAAAGGAGUUAAUAUCAAAUACAACACAAUUGUUUACUUUA